GACAUGGAACCGGGAAAUCGCACCGUCCUGACUGAGUUCAUCUUGGUAGGGAUCUCAGCUGACCCCCGCUGGCAGAAGAUCCUAUUUGGAAUAAUUCUAGCCAUCUAUUUGGUAACCUUGUCAGGAAACUUGACUCUGGUUGUGUUAAUCCGGAUUGACUCCCGGCUGCACACACCUAUGUACUUUUUCAUUGGUAGUCUGUCUUUUUUGGACUUCUGGUAUACCUCUGUGUACACCCCCAAAAUCCUGGCCAAUUGUGUUUCACAAGAUAAACGCAUUUCCUUGGCAGGAUGUGGGGCUCAAUUGUUCUUCUCCUGUGUUGUGGCCUACACUGAGUGCUACCUGUUAGCAGCCAUGGCUUAUGACCGCUAUGUGGCAAUUUGUAGCCCAUUAAUGUAUUCAGGUAUCAUGUCCACCUCUCUCUGCACUGGGCUUGUUGCUGGAUGCUACACAGGAGGGCUGCUGAAUGCCAUAGCCCACACUGCCAACACUUUCCGGUUGAAUUUCUGUGGUCAAAACAUCAUUGACCACUUUUUCUCUUUCUAA